CGGCAUCGACCGACGAUAAUUUCAGAUAAUGUGCACGUGCUACUUUUCAUGUUUCGAACUUACUUAUGAGUGAUCAUGAUCACUGAUUUAUCGAUGGCUGACUUCAACGCGACUCUACAGGUUCUGAAAGAAUUAGUACCCCCAGCGCUCCAAAAUCCCCGAGUGGGCAUCAUAUGUGGCUCCGGACUAAGCGGUUUGGCAGCAACCCUAAGGCAAACUGUCUUGGUGCCCUAUGAUAGACUCCCAGGUUUCGUUCAUAGCACUGUUCCUGGACACAAGAGCUCGCUUGCGUUUGGGCUGAUGGGCUCUGGAGCUGGGGUACCUGUCAUUGCAAUGCUAGGAAGGUUUCAUCCUUAUGAAGGUCAUAGACUGUCAUCUGUAGUGUAUCCGGUGCGCGUGAUGGCAAAAAUGGGAGUCAAGGAUAUAAUCAUUACGAAUGCUGCUGGCGCCCUAAAUCCAGAACUUGCAGUCGGAACUAUCGUUGUCGUCCAUGAUCAUAUCGCUCUGCCAAAUCUUACGGGAAUGAACCCUCUUCUCGGGCCACAGACAAAUCUAUCUUUACCUCGCUUUCUCCCCCUAUCAGACGCGUAUUCUCGUCUCUUACGCAAGCUGGUGUUCCGUGCGGCUCACGAUCUUUCGAUUAAACGCGAUGCAUUGGCGGAAGGAACAUAUGCUUGGGUUAGCGGACCCACUUACGAGACUCCCGCCGAAGGUCGAUUUCUUCGUGCUGCCGGUGCGGAUGUUGUCGGUAUGAGUACUGUACCGGAAGUCCUCGCAGCUAGGGAGGAAGGCAUGAAUGUACUCGUUCUAAGCUUGGUCACCAAUGCGGUGGUGAUUCCUACGGACUAUAGAAGUGUCCGUGAUGAGUUUGAAUCUGAAAAUACCGGUAUGUCAGCGACGUCAGUGGUGGAUGAGGUAGUAUCUCAUGAAGAAGUCUUGGCUCUCGGAAAACUGAAGGGCGAUCUUAUGAAGACCAUAGUAGAAAAGGUCAUAGAUCUAAUUCCAAGCGACGUAUCAAUGUCUGUGCAAAAUUAAACGUCCAUACAUAUGUACAUGAUAGAAUUCUUGUCAAAAGGAUUUGGUUGUUCCAAAAGGUGGAGUAUUCAUGCUAAAAUACCGUCGUCUUGACUGCAAUUCUGUCCAUUGGUCACUUGGUCACUCACACGAACUCAAGGACAAAGAGUUGCUUUGUGCGUGGUAGUGUAAGAUACCGUGUAUGUACAAACAUCGAUUACAUGUACGGUAACUAGUGAGCU